UCUAACCCAUUUAAACGGCUAGAUGGUUAAUUGUUUAUCAUGGUCACUGGCUUCUAUUAUGUUAAGUGUAAAUCAGACCUAAUUCGAGAGUUUAGAAUGCAUAGGUACCUUAAUGUGCAAAAGAAAAUAUUUACCAAAAAGUUAAAACUGAUACGUAAAAUCUAGACCCACGCAGGUAGUCAUAGUCUCAUACCGCAAUUGGACCGCCCAAAGUACCAGCGCUCUCUCCUCCAUUAUAUGCCGAGUCCCGAGUACCUCUUACGAUCGUGUCGAUCUUAUAGUUGGUUCGUACUGUUUUGAUUAUUUGAGCGGCAAGGAACACGUGGCAGUGAUCAAUUGUACCUUUUUGUUCGUUGAAUGUAUAUACUCAUAUAACUCAUCAACCGACAACCAUUACUACGUGAGUGAGACGUGCCAUCAGCACAACCGUUCUUUUUUUUUUUUACUGCAAAUAAUUAACUGGAGAUGAAUGAUAUAUCAUAUAUGUUCAAACUAAUGUGGCAUUUACUGGUAAAAUUUAAGUCACUUCCAGAGUAUAUAUAGACUAUAGUAGCACAUGAGUAUGCAUGUACAUGCAUCAAAUUUGACAACCAAAACCCAUGGCGUAUCUAUCUACAACUCUGAAAGCGGUUUCUCCCUUUUCACCAUUUGUAAAAAAACAUAACCCCAAUAGUAAUAAUAAUAAUGCCCUGCUCGCUUAGCACACACCCAACUCUUCUACAUCCAAACGAGGAGAUCAGUGAUUCACAAGGAACAGAUGUUCGUGGCUGUUCACGGUGUACCAGUUCCGGUUGAGAGUUCCUGGAGACUUCCCUUGUCGGAUGUUGUGGUGGUGAGAAAGAAGAGUGCAUUUUUGGAAAGGAGUUGGAAUUCUAGGGACGUGAGAAAGCUAGUCAGAGUCGUUGGGGUUCAUUUGCUAAGCCUCUUGGCUCCAUUUCACUUCAACUGGUCAGCCUUUAAGCUUUGCCUUUGGCUCAGUGUGAUCAUUGGAAUCUGCAUCACCUUGUCUUAUCAUAGGAAUCUUUCUCACCGAAGUUUCAAUCUACCGAAAUGGCUUGAGUAUCUAUUUGCUUAUGGCGGCGUUCUGGCUUUUCAGGGAGCCCCAAUAGAGUGGGUGAGCAACCAUCGGUACCAUCAUAAACAUUGUGAUACACAACGUGACCCACACAGCCCUACACAAGGGUUUUGGUUUAGCCACAUAACGUGGAUAUUUGAUACUGGUUCUAUCUUCAAUCUGUGUGGUGGAUAUGAGAAUGCAAAUGACCUUGUGAGAGAGCCCUUUUACAGGUUUCUUCACCGAACCUUCGUUUUGCAUUUAAUGGCAUAUGCGCUUCUGCUCUAUUUAUGUGGAGGCGUGCCCUUCCUCGUUUGGGGAAUUGGUGUGGCAACUGUGGCUCGACUCCACGCGACUUUUCUGGUGAACUCAGUUUGCCAUAUAUGGGGAACACGAGCUUGGAACACACCUGACUUCUCCAAAAACAAUUGGUGGGUAGCGAUUUUAACACUUGGCGAUGGUUGGCAUAACAAUCAUCAUGCGUUCCAGUUCUCGGCUAGGCAUGGACUCGAGUGGUGGCAGCUCGACGUUAAUUGGUGUCUCAUUAGGUUUCUUGAGGCUAUUGGUUUGGCCACUAACGUAAAGUUACCUACUGAAGCUCAAAAGAAGAGAAUGGCUUUGAUCUGAUCCUUAAUAUAUAGUUAAUUCCCUGCAUAAAUUA